AUGGCGUUCAAUGUCUCGAAAAUAGUGCUCAACACCAGCAAUGCUCUCGCAUUCAUCGGAACGUGCGUCACAGCACAGUGCCUCCAAAGCAAGAUGGUUACCCGUCUUCGUCUGAUUUUGGCUCGCGUCCACAGAGAGCUACUAUUUAAGCUAGGGCCUGGGUCUGCAUCCUUUCGCUACUCUCAUCAGCCCAGAAACUGUCUCUCCGGCAGACUCAGUCUCGUGCAUAAAGAUGGCAGUGGAUACAUCCGAAUUUCUCCACCUCAUUGGUAG